UCCAGAAUGGAAUACAAUAAAUAUUGACGGAGGUGAGGAAUGUGAGCGCACGCCUAUCAAAGAGCAGAAUGGUGGUUCAGGAGGAGGAAACUUCCCACGAAUGGAAUUCGGGCAGUAUCCAGGAAAAUCAGGAGUUGAUGACAUCCGCUACGAGAAUUUCAGCACCGUUUCCGAACAGAACAUACCCACUUGUCCGUUCUGCAUGAGUGACCUCAAUGAAGUCACGUCACUAAGCGAAUGCCGCCAAGAAGAUAGAUUUGAUGUUCGCAACCACCUCACGGUAUACUUGGGACAUGGCAUGGAAGUUCCAUUCAUGGAGGCAGCCGAUCAAUAUAUCCAGGAACACUAUCCUGAGGCUGGGAAAAUCCACUACUCUCUCCCAUCGGGUUUUCUUCUGAAGGAGAGAAGUUUCGAACAAUUGCUUUACCAGGCGAAAGAAGAGCUGGAGAAUCCAAAGGGAAAGGAUCUGAACUUUCCUCUUGAUUAUACAGCAGUUGCAACUGUUUUCAAUCGAGCAAAAGACAUAUGCGGCUCUGCUCCAUCGUUGACGGUUGCUGAUUACAUAUUCUCAGAGACGUUCAAUCGCAAUAAUGCAUUCUAUCGAGGUUUGAGACGAAUGUCCUCGGAAAGACGGGAGAAACUAGAAAAAGAACUUGACAUCCCUGAUCUUAAGCAAGGUUCCCAUGACACGUUCUUGUCCUAUCCGAGCGGAAGUAAAGUUUACAAUAUAUUCUUCCAUAUCAAUGAGCUUUCUUUGAACGUCCCUGAGAGAAGAGUGAAGAGGACCAUAACGCAGACGAUCCAUCAGUGUGAUGAAGACAGAUCUGUGUUUAGUACGAUGUGUGGAGCCUUCAUUGAUUCUUCGGCCGUAGUUGUUGCAUUCCCAGCCUUUCCAUUCAUUGAACGAGCGGAUUUGCGUCGAUUCCUGAAUAACUGUAGAUCGUGUCCUUGGAGGGUGAUAACAAAAGAUGAUCUUCAAUAUCCAAAUGACCUCGCUGCAUUUCUACGCAGAAAUGGUGUAGUUCAUCUUCCUAGUUUAAGCCAUGAGAUCUCAAUUGCAGCUGAAAAGUUGUUCCGUGCCAUUUUUUCCCUUUACAUUUGUGCAUCUUCUGCCGUCAACAUUCCACGAACUUAUGUUGAGCAUUUCCAAACCUGCGACGCCCAAAUGGAGAAAACAUUAUGCAUUUUGACUCCUGAGCAGAAGUCACUUGUGGAUGAGGAUGAGCGAUCAUCGUGGCUCCUCCUUAUUGCUGGAGGCUCUGGCACGGGGAAGACUCUUGUUGUAAAAGAGAGGGCCAAGCGUCUUGCAAAAGAAGACAGGAGUAUAGAUGUGUUGGUGGUCAACAUCGCUGGAGGCCUACUCACUGAAGAUUACCAAAAUGACUUCAAAGGGCCUAUAAUUGCCUCUCUUCUCUCUGUAUGCUUGACUUCGUUCCCAAGAGGGAGGUCCCUCGGUGAGGAAGAAUGGGAACCAAGGCACCUCACGCUCUGCACACCAAGGUCGAACUACAUUGAGAUACAGGAGGAUAUUCUGAGGAUAACCCUGUCAUCUCUCAUGCAGUCAGGGGACAUUGAACCCAACCCAGGACCAAAUGUUCCUCAACAGUGGUUAGAUGAUAUUGCUAAACAGCUCAAGGAACUUGCUCUACAGGAAAGAGUUGAGAUAUUAGAAGAAGUCAAGACGCUCAAGGGAGAAGCCUCACAAGAACGCUCACUGCAGAGAAGACUGCUACUUGUUCAGGAAAGAGAACGAGCCAAGAAUCUAAUCAUCCGAGGACUAAGGGAGACAACAGGAGAGACACGUGAUCAGCUACAGCAGAAGGUGGCUUCCCUGGCAUCACUAAAAGAAGGGGGAGCCAAUGGGAACGCAUCCGGGUGGAAAAAGAGGAGGAUGGAAGCAAAAGAAUUGUGCAAGACAGUGUCCAUGCAUCGAGACCUUCUGAUGGUAGAAUCAACUAAGUAUAAAUGGGACGAAGAAUCGCAGCGACCUAUCACGGUAGAUGGUGGGCACCCCUGGGACAUUGGAGAACAAUCGGGUCAAGCUUGGCAAAGGCUGGAGAAAGGGGAGGAGAAGGAAAUCGUUGAGGAGAUUCCAGACCCAGAGCAGGGGCAAGACCAAGAGGAUCCCACAACCUGGUGCUCCCGCUUCCAACUGACUGAACCUCAAAAACCUCUAGAAAGGAAAACCUGGAAGACGGAGUAG